AUUAUUCUAAAUGAAAAUACAAAAUAAAAUGACCACAUACUCCAUCAACAAAAAACAUUUGAAUGUUAAUGAACAAUACUUCACAAAUACUGAUUUAUACAGUAGAGGACGUUCGGAGCGUGCUUCAAGUUUGGCCCUGCCACAUAACUCAUUACUAGAUAUUUAUGAUAAACAGCAACAACAAUGCAAAUCUGUAACAUUGUUACCAACAAAUAUAAACGUAGCAGCUAGACGCCACUCAUCACAUUAUUAUCCAUUAUUGGAAGAUACAUCACAACAGCAACAUAGGCAACAAACAAUCUCACAACCCAAUUUGCACACAGCACAAGCGAUAAUAUCCAAAGCAACAACAAUCGUCACAGAAGUCGGUGUCGGACAUACUGCAACUACCAAUAUCACAGAGCCAUCAGUGAACUUGAAUUACAACAAUAAGCGAACACAACUACAAGCGCAUAACGUUUAUACAAUGGCCGCUACUGUUGUAAAUAACGAGGAAAAUAAAUAUAUUGGAAACACGACUGUUUCCGCAUCAUUUGUAACCCCUGUCCCAGAAACACCUCCACCACCAAUACCAAAGCGCACUUUUCGUGGUAAAAGUGCAUGGGAUGCUACUGGCUCGCCAGCAAUAGCUACCAAACAAUCAACUAAGAUUAUAGAGCCAAAUAAUUUAGGUACGGCAUUCGUCUAUCCACAACAAUCAAAAUAUCAACUACAACAAACAAAUUGCUACAGCAAUAUAAGUAACAACGAAACGAUUUUCGUUAAUAUUGCUUCAGGUCCACUGUUUUCGGAUAGUGCUGGCAGCUUGGAUGGUGGUGAAAUAUCGGAUGAUGAUCACAUGAGUUUGGAAAAUUCGGUAUUUGACGAGUCCUUAACAUCUACACCAGUUAAAAUAGCUUCAAAUAAUAAGCCUCAAAACGCUAUUUUUGGUGCCAAGACAUUAGCAGCACUUACGAAUGACUUGAGUAACGCUGCAAAAAGAUCAAAUCGUUCGUCGAGCAGCACAGUAGAUUCUACUACAACUUCAUCUGGUUAUGGUUCGCAUAGCGAACGUUUUGCAUCUACUUCAACAUCAGCAGAUUUUCGCAGUCGCUACUCUUCAGUAGAUACACAAUCUUCACUGGAUAGUUGUCUCACUGAAAAGACGAACGAUUCACCUUUAUCAAAAGAUUCAUUUAAAAUGGAACGCGUAACGCAAAAUGAUUUAGGACCUCAUGAUUAUAAUAAUCUCAACAAUAAUGAAAUAAUUAAAAAUACACAAACCAGCGCAACAACUAAUAAUAAUACACUUGGAAAUCAAACAAUUCCAAAUGAUGGAAUACAAAAGUUACCUACAGUUCCAAUGCGUAAGCAUUAUACUAUACCUACAAAAAUCCCUCCACCGACUUCAAAACAAAAUCUUAUGCUGAACAGUUCACAACAAUCAUUACAAAAUAGUACUGGCAGUCUUUGUGGAAGCAGCAAUGGUAGUAAGGCACCCUCAACUGUCUCUGCAUCUACAUCAACUUCAUCUACUGCAUCAGCUGGAUCAUCAAAUGGUUCAUCCAUGUCUGUGACUUCAGCAACAGCUUCAUUAACAGCGGUGUCUCCUCAAACUCACAAUGCACCAGUCCAACAACAACAACAGAAACGUCCAGUACCACCAAUACCUCCAAGCCGUACUCUAACAUCAAGUUCCAUUGAAAGUACAAAUGGUAUAUCAGAAGCCAUAAAACCACCUUUAACUAAACGUAAUAAUGUUAAUAAAAACAGACCACCACCAAUUGUGUACCCAAAACUACACCAGCGGCAAGAUUCUAAUUUGUCAAGUGAUUUUUCGGUGAUCUCUAGUCCAGGAUUCAAUACAAAUAUUUUGGAGACACCAUUAUUGCAGAAUUCAGCACGCAUUAAUAAAAGUAGUAGUGGUGCACAAACGCGACAGGACCCAAACGAACAAUUCAACAUGAGUACUUCUCGUUAUGGGUUUAAUAGUAUGGUACCUCCACCACGUAAUAAACUAAAUUAUCGGCAAGACUCAACAAUAUCUAGUGAUAGCUUCAGUCAGACAUCUAGUCCCGGCUAUAAUACAAAAAUCAUGGAAGCCCCCUUGUUGCCAUCUUUAUCAGCCAAGCGGUUAUGUAGUGUGCCAGCACCAAUAGUCUGCAAACAAAGAAUUCAAAAUGAAACUAUUGAAGAAAAUGAACUCGUAUUACCCAUCUCACCACUUACAAAGUGUAGUAACGCUCCUACCAGCAUGCAAACUAUUGUACGUUUUCAAAAUGGAGCACCCAAUACCAUACCACUUCAGCAUGGAAUAAUCCAUCGACGUAAAAGUUCUAAUCCUUACAUCACAAAUGGGCGUCUCAAAUUCCGACUUUUUCAAAUUUUGGUCAACGCCCUUGCAUUAUUAGCUAUUGCGGGUGGCUUAGCUGCUUAUUUCAAUGCAUAUCCAACAAUAAAAUUUGUUAACAAAACAAUCAUUAAUACAAUUCACGUUGAAGAAGUUUCCAGCUUUGGCAAAAAUCCAGCUCCAGGCACAUGUUUACCUAUUAUAGUCAAGUUUUGUCAAGGACCCCAAAUACCAUAUAAUUAUACAGUGUUCCCAAAUUAUAUUGGACACUUUGGCCAGCUGGAGACUCAAGUUGAUCUUGAUCCAUAUGAAGCACUGGUAGAUGUUCGUUGCUACGAAUUGGUUUCGUUAUAUCUUUGUACGCUUUUUGUACCUAAAUGUGGCUCUACUGGUGCUACAGUACCUCCAUGUAAAACACUUUGCACUGAAACCAUGCGUCGUUGUGGCUUCUUUUUUGACGUUUUCAGCUUGAGUUUACCGGAAUAUUUGAAUUGCAAGUUAUUUAAGGAUUUUGAAAGCCCUGACGAUUGUGUUGGUCUCGAUCAAGUAAGAGACGUUAUGGUUGCCUCAACGAAUCCAAAAUGUGAUGGAUUUCAGUGUGACCAGAAUCGCUGCAUACCAAAAGAUUAUGUAUGCGAUGGUCAUUUGGACUGUAUGGAUCACUCGGAUGAAGCAAAAUGUGAACGCUGUGGAGAAAAUGAAAUCUAUUGUGGUGACGGUCAUUGUAUGAGUUCUGAAGAUAUAUGCAAUGGUGUCAUUGAUUGUCCGUUUGGACAAGAUGAACGUAAUUGCCUACGCUUAAGUGAACGAAAUGGUGAUUUGGGAAAAGGUGUUUUGGAAAUUUAUCGAAUAAAGAAGGAGUCAUGGACACCGGCUUGCGUUAAGAAUUGGGAUCGAGCUGUGUCUCCCUCAGUUGUUUGUUCUAUGCUUGGCUAUAGUGCAGUUAAUGCCACAAGUGUGGUAACUCAAAAAACAUAUCGACCCCUAUUGACUUCAGUUAAUGUUUCCACUAAUAUUUGGAAAAUGUAUGCAAAGAAACGAUCUAAUUUAAUGCAAGAAUUUUCUAAUUGCAAACCUGAAGAAGACUAUCCAAUAGCUGAACUAACAUGUACAAAUUUUGAAUGUGGUAAAGUGAAACGUGAAAAACAUAAACCUCAACGUCGUAUAAUAGGUGGCUCCUUAUCUAACCCUGGAUCAUGGCCGUUUUUAGCUGCUAUAUUAGGUGGUCCUGAAAAAAUAUUUUACUGUGCAGGUGUGCUAAUAUCAGAUCAAUGGGUGUUAACUGCAUCGCACUGCAUUGGAAAUCACACUAUAAUCGACUUAGAAGAUUGGACAAUACAACUUGGUGUAACACGUCGGAAUUCCUUUACAUAUUCUGGUCAAAAAGUUAAAGUUAGAACAGUAAUACCCCAUCCGCAAUAUAACACAGCAAUUGCACAUGACAACGAUAUUGCGCUUUUUCAGCUCGCAACAAGAGUCGCAUUUCAUGAACAUUUACUGCCGGUUUGUUUACCACCGCCAGGGUUGAAACAACUAAAACCUGGUCAAUUAUGCACAGUUAUAGGUUGGGGGAAACGGGAGGAUAAGGAUCGUAAGUAUAGAUUUAUAAAAAUUUACUACCCAUUCAAACACUUUUUGUUGUAUUACUCAGCUAAAUCCACAUAUGAGCCUAUAAUUAAUGAAGUAGAAGUGCCAAUUAUUAAACGACAACAAUGUGAUGAAUGGCUUGACAAUCUUACAGUUUCUGAUGGAAUGAUUUGUGCCGGUUACGAAGAAGGUGGUAAAGAUGCUUGUCAGGGUGAUUCAGGUGGUCCAUUACUUUGUCCAUAUCCAGGAGAAAAAGAUCGUUGGUUUGUUGGUGGUAUAGUUUCUUGGGGUAUAAUGUGUGCACAUCCGAAAUUACCAGGAGUUUAUGCAAAUGUUAUAAAAUAUUUACCAUGGAUACAGGAACAAAUGCAAAAACAUACAAAACCCAUAACGGAGGAUAGAAUAUCUAAAUACGAUGUACAUCCAGGUGGACCAGAUAUUUUAUCUAAUAUAUCCGUCGGUCCUGUACGUAACAAAAAACCAUACAACAAUAAUAGAAAUCGUAGCCCAGCUGAUAUUGAAUAUUACGAAAGCUUUGAAAAAUCUUAAAAAAACUAUAUAAAGAACAUAUAAUAACUAUAUAAUUUAAAG